CUUCACGGCGCGACAGUCGCAGUUGCACGGUCGACUGCACCCUGCAAAUUGGCUGGGCCACGACCAACACUUACACCUCUCGCGUGUCAACUAUUAUCUACCGGUGUCUCUGCGACCGCUGCUCAUCUGAAAUUCAAGAGCGACUGGCACCGAGCAUCAUCUGCGUUACGUGCUCAACAACACAGCUGGGCCAUCUUGCCCUGAGGAGAUCUACGUGACCUUACGCCGACAACGAAUUGAGCUGUUUCUGGAAUCAUUCGUCCCCGAUCUUGGAGGACGAGCGGCCAAGAUGGGUCAACCUGAGCCGCCGUCGUCCCUCGACAAUUCGUGCUCUGUCAUUCAUGACAACACACUCUACGUCUACACGCCUGAGGCGUUUCUUUCGAUUCGUUUGGAGGAAGGAGCCGAAUGGGAGGAGUUGAGCUACGGUGAAUCAGUAGAGGGCGCCACAUGCGUUGGCGCAUCGCCGCCGGAUCCCGAUGCUGCUGGGUUUUGGGUAGUUGGGGGCGUAGGUGGCUCGACAGGUCUGCAGAAGUACACUUUCUCCUCCGGAGAGUGGUCUUCGCCAAGUCCGCGCGAUGAUGUCGUCAAAGAUCGCCAGCACCAUAGCUCGGUAUACAUCAAAGCCAAUGACGAGAUCUUGGUGUUCGCCGGAACAAGGGAUGGCUCGGCUUCUGCCACGCUGGAGACGUUCUCCAUUGACGCAUCAGAGCCCUAUGGCGUGUCAAGUCACGAUCCCAAUGGCGCCCCCAAUGCCGUCCGCCCGUACCUCCUGAGUUGGACUGAUGCGGACGCCCUAAUGGUUGGCGGUGGAGCGGAGAACACCAAGGUCUUCCUGUUCAAUCCUACUGCUGGGUGGAGAGACUUUGGGGCCAGUCUUGCCGAUCCUCUCACCAAGGACGCCACUCAGGUUGGGGCCGCCCUCGCCCAUGGCUCCGAUGGCUCGCAAAACCUUUACCUGUUCGAUAUGUCUGAGUCGCCCAACAAAGUCACGCGUGCCGUCCUGCAGGACGGCUCCGGCACUCCAAUCCUCAACUCGCCAACACUUUUCGAGCGAAGUCUGGAAACACGCCAGGACGACAACGCAUGGCCUUCCUACAAUGACACUCUGGCGCCUGAGACAACUCGUCAGAAUUUUGGCAUGGCUCAAGGCUCCGAUGGCAUGAUUGUCUUCACCGGAGGUAAUGACCAAGAGCCUCUGGGCAUGUUCAACGGGCUUGAGAACAAAUGGAUGAACGCAACUGGCCUUCUCGUCGAGGAAGAGAUCAAGGCGCAGAGUCUGAGCAGUAGCAGUACCGGCACAUCCACAACCUCGACCUCGAUCUCGACCUCGACCGAAUCCUCUUUCAUGUCCACAACCAUGUCGACGGCCACAUCUACUUCGACAGACAUUUCCUCGACCCUCUCUGAGACCGCGGCUGCUACGACCACGGACGCUGCUGCAGACGGCUCGAACGACCAAGACAGCGAUGAUGGUGGCUUGGGUACUGGCGUUGUCUUGGGCAUCACCCUGGGCUCGAUUUUCGCCUUCCUGGUUAUCCUUGCUCUGGCACUCUUUUGCUUGCGCCGCAGGAAACUCAAGCACCACAAGGCAGCUGGCACUACAGGUGGCGACGGCGACCAAGAUCGCAGUAUCAUGCCGGAAAAGAAUCCUGCCAUGUUCACCGACAUCCCACAAAAGCCUCCGCCAUCACCUGGUCACUUCCGUGGACACAACCCCCAGGGCUCGGCAGAUUCUUACUCAUCCAUGGCGAUCCUAAUGGGUCGCAUGAACCAACCAAAGGGGUCGGCCAGGAAAGGUAGUAACGAGUCCGGACGACACUCUGUUGCCUCUCUCCACAAACAUUUCAAAAGCACCAUCAGCAAGCCCAUUCCCCAGGAUGACAGCAAUCCUAUACUAGGCGAUGAGCGCAAUGGCACCUCUGAUCCUGACGCAAUGGAGCCUCAGUCUAGAAACCGGAACCUGGUGCCGACAAAUGCCGAUGGCACACGGCGGAGUUCUGGUUGGAAUCGGUACUGGUCAGGUGGGAGCUCUCUACAGAUCCUUGGAUUUGGCGGUAAGCGCAACACGUCAGCUUCAGACCAGAGCUCGCAGUACUCCCAAAGCUCAGGUCAGAACCCCAGCAGAACAACUCAGGAUUCGGCGACAGUGCCGCCUCUGAACUUUGGGGGUAUGACGGCAAUGAACCGUGUCAACUCGGGAAGCCCUGUCGUGACUGGCCAUGGGCACAAGCUCCCAUUUGGCGAGGGUAUUCCUGUCAAGAUUGAACGUCCCUCGUCACGGGCCUCGUCAGGCGGCUACUCUAGUGGCAUUCCCGAGAGCGUGAACGAGGCUUGGGAUCCUACCGGCUCCGACGCUCGCGAGAAGUCAUGGGGUCACGACCGAGCCCCCAGCAGCGUCUACAACUCUGGUUUCAAUUUUGGCACCGCCCUGGCGCCCAGUGAUGCGAAGCGACCCUCACCACCCUCCGGUGUGAGUCAGCAACCUCAGCUGUCCAUGGCGUCCAAGUCAUCAGACAUGAGCUGGCUCAAUCUUGGUGACCAAAAUCGUGAUCAAAACCGAUAUACGCAGUGGCCGGCUACCGGUCCGAGUCAGUCAUGAUGUAUGAACAUCGCUGGCUCCGCCUUCUGUUUGUCAUAUAUACAAGCCAAUCACUCUUUACUCGACUCCUUUUCACCCUGCGCUACGGGGUCAAGCGCCCCCCAGAAAUGGACAACAAGGCGUCCCCUUUUUUUCCCCGAUUCCCUGGGCCUGUCCUAUAUCGCAGCACCGGAUUUGCUGUCGAUCUCAAGCUACUCGUUCUGCCACAUACAACACCUUCGUUCACACGCCACCUGCACUACAAGCGCCUGUUGCACUUUCGCCUCCCCCCAUCUCAUACUAAUUGCGGGUGUCAUUGCGGCAACUCGAGAGACGCAAAAUCUCUCAAAUCUAUGAAUCUUUGUUCAUCUGCAAUGCAUGCCUUGACGGCGUCUUGGG